AUGAUGGAUAAAGCCAUUCAGUAUCCCAGCGAGAUUCUGUCUAAUCAGACUAUCCCUAACAUCAGCUAUUCUCAGUUCCUGAACUUUGAUACGUGCCAGCCUUCCUUCCUUGCAGAAUCCUUGCUUAUUACAGCCUACACAUUAGUUACAAUCGUGGGGCUUUUUGGAAAUCUUUGCCUGAUUGUUAUAAUAAAAAGAAGGAAAGAAGCUCAAAACGUCACCAACAUUUUGAUUGCCAACCUCUCUUUGUCGGAUGUCUUGAUCUGUAUCAUGUGUAUUCCUGUUACAGUUGCAUAUACCUUAAUGGACUACUGGAUAUUUGGGGAAGCUAUGUGUAAAAUAAGUUCCUUCAUACAAAGUAUAUCUGUCACAGUCUCCAUCUUCUCACUUGUACUGAUUGCUAUCGAGAGAUACCAGUUAAUUGUGAACCCCCGUGGCUGGAAGCCUAAUAUUUCACAUGCUUACUGGGGAAUUCUUUUCAUCUGGGGGUUUUCCCUCGUAAUAUCCAUUCCUUUUUUAAUAUUUCACCAAUUAACUGAUGAACCCUUCAAACAUUUGUCUUUCCAUAGUGAUUUCUACAAGAACAAGGUUGCUUGCAUUGAAGAAUGGCCGUCAGUUACAGAAAGACUCAUUUUUACCACCAGCCUGCUGGUUUUCCAGUACUGCUUCCCACUGGGGUUUAUCUUUAUCUGCUAUCUCAGGAUAUUUGUAUGUCUUCGAAGGAGACAUGGGAAAAUAGACAGGAUGAGAGAGAAUGAGAGCAGACUGAGUGAAAACAAAAGGAUUAACGUGAUGUUGAUAUCAAUUGUUGUGACUUUUGCAGCUUGCUGGUUGCCUCUCAAUGUAUUCAAUGUUGUUUUUGACUGGAACUACGAGGCACUAAUGAGCUGUAAUCACAAUCUAGCAUUUACAAUAUGCCACCUUGUGGCCAUGAUCUCAACAUGUGUCAAUCCCAUCUUCUAUGGAUUCCUCAACAAGAAUUUUCAGAAGGAUUUGGUAGUGUUAGUUCACCACUGCAGAUGCACAGCGUCACAGGAGGAAUAUGAAAAUAUUGCCCUUUCAAAUCUCCAGACUGAUGCAUCAAAGGGAUCUCUAAAAUUAAAUAAUCCCCCUGUGGAGAUCUAAAAUAACCCAACAGAGUUUCCAAAGUCUUGCACUUUGGUGCAGAUGACCUCUUUCUGUAGGUCUAGAUCAUGUUACCACUGAGUUUAGAGGA